AUGUCUGCCCAAGCCCCUCACAACACCCUGCUCAUCCCGGGCCCCAUUGAGUUCGACGAUGCUGUGCUGCAGUCGAUGUCUCAUUAUGCCGAGAGCCACGUCGCCCCCGGCUUCGUCAAGGUCUUCGGCGAGACCUUGACCCUCCUCCGCAAGCUUUUCCAGUCUACCAACCCCUCCGCCCAGCCCUUCCUCAUCUCCGGCUCCGGCACCCUAGGCUGGGACCUGGUCUCGGCCAACCUGAUUGAGAAGGGCGAGAACGCCCUCGUCCUGAACACUGGCUACUUCGGCGAUUCCUUCGGGAACUGCCUGGCGACCUACGGCGCCGAAGUAACGCAUCUGCGCGCCGCGAUCGGCGAGCGCCCCUCCUUCGAGGAAAUCGAGGCCGCGCUGAAGCAGAAGCCCUACAAGCUGCUGACUGUCACGCACGUCGACACCUCAACCGGCGUGCUGAACGAUAUCAAGCGCGUAACCGAGGUCGUCCGCCGCGUCAGCCCGGACACCCUAGUUGUGGUCGACGGCGUGUGCAGCGUGGGCUCGGAGGAGAUCGCCUUCGACGAGUGGGACCUGGAUGCGGUGGUGACCGCAUCCCAGAAGGCCAUUGGUUGCCCGCCCGGCCUGAGCAUCGUGUACUGCUCCGGUCGCGCGAUUCAGCGCGCGCAGUCGCGCAAGACCCCACCCUCCUCGUACUAUGCCUCCAUCGCCAACUGGUUGCCCAUCAUGCAGAACUACGAGGCCUGCAAGCCGUCGUACUUCGCCACCCCACCCACCCAGCUGGUCCACGCCCUGCACACCACUCUCAGCCAGAUUACUGCCCGCCCCAUGUCCGAGCGCUUCGCCAUCCACACCGCGGCCUCGGACAAGGUCAAGGCCGCCAUCGCCGAGCUUGGCCUGUCCCAGCUCGCCCCCAAGCCCGAGUGCCAGGCUCACGGCAUGACGGCCAUGUACCUACCCGACGGUCUGACCCCGCCAGACGUUCUGCCCGGCCUGCUGAAGCGCGGUGUAAUCUUCGCAGCUGGUCUGCACAAGGAGAUUGCUACUAAGUACAUUCGCUUCGGCCACAUGGGUGUCAGCAUUACGGAUCCCAACCGCAAGGAUAUUGAUAACGCCCUGGCGGCGCUGAAGGAGGCUUUGGCUGAGGCUAAGAAGGCGAAGGGUCUGUAA